AUGUCUGGCGGUGACGAACAGGGUUUUGGUGUCUACCAGGAACCUCCGUUUGGGCGACAAUCCUCCGCGUCAUUUAGCUCCCUCCAUGACACCUUAGAUCCGUCCGCUCCUGUCCCUCAGGCACACUCGUCGACCACGUAUUCCCCUUUACCGUCCGCCCUACUGCGUCCCCAUAAUCACUCCACCUCCAAUCACCGCUCCUCGGACGAUCAAUUGGAAGAUCAUCACGGCCGGGACUCUCCCGAUCCUGCCGAUUAUUAUCGCCGUGGGGCCCUGUCGCCCUCCAAUGUAAGAGAAGGAAUCAACAAUGUAAUGCCGGAUAUGGCGGUGGCCGGUCGUUCUGCUGGGGGUGAGAAAGUAUCACCCAUGCCAGCAAACAUGUUGGAGUCAUCGCGCACCAGACGCCAACCAUAUCGCUCCACCUCCGACUCCCCAGCGUUAGCUCCCUCCACCAUCCACCCCCCGUCGGGCGCAAGAGCACGACAGACCUCCUUCAAAGAUCUCGUCAAUCGAUUCAACAGCGCCCCCGACCAAGUCCUGCCCUUGCCCUCCGUCUCGUCGCGUGCCACAUCCAGAACCGUCAGUCCGUCUGGGAGCGCCGAUGGAGAGCGCAAUCGGACCUUCCCACCUCGUCGCCAGUACCGCGAUUCUCUGCCAGGAUCAAUCACCAGUCAUCCUCGGGCGCCCGCUGAUUCCACCCCGUCUUCCCCGGAGACCGGUCGAUUUCAUCCACCGGGAAAUCCAAACGGGGCCAUUCCACCACCGCUGUUGCAGCGAUUCUCGGAGUCCCAUUCCCGUCGGCCAUUGUUUGGUGAAUUGUUGGCAAUCAACACGCAGGUCAACAACACACCUAUCACGCGUUUGCAGCGUCGCGGGUCGGACGGAAGUAUUCCAAGCCCGAACCCAGCCUUCCUAGAUCAACACGAUCAGUUUGCUGCAAAAACACCACUCACACCCACUGCAUGGUAUCUAGGCCAAACAGCUUCCCUCGAAGCCGUCAACGCGGGGAUCACCAACGGUCAACAUCGCAGAAUUCAGAGUGAUUUGGACAACCCUUCGGGGUCCCUUGCAGAGCCUUGGACUUCCGAAAUGGCAGUACGAGCCCCCUUGCUGCGGGCCAAGACCGACCAUGAGUCGCCCCCGGAUAGUCCCAGUUCCAGAUCCCGCAUUCCUGUCUCCUCGCACCGUCUUGCUACUGCUUCCGGCCCCGAAACCCUAUCACCAACCUCCAAUCCGACUUUCUGCAGCCGGUCUGCUGCCAUUACAUCGCCGCCCAAGGGCAGCAGCCGUCUUCCUAUUGCGUCACCCAAAUACAGCCCUCCCCGCAUGCCCCAAGAUGAUCCCGCCUUGUUUGCGCCCACAUCGCGUGUCCGCCGGGAAUUAACGGCGGCCCAAACCCGUAAUCAAUUAUCCGAAUCAAGUCGACGGCUCCAGGCCUACAUUGCGGCGCCGCCGCCCAAGAAGUCCCCUCCUCUGCGCAGCUCUCGACCCCGACAACCUGUUUCACAUGGUGCUUCUGACUCCCCACGCUCCAAAAUCGAGGACAGGGUCUCAUCAUUACAGAAACACGCCGACAGCAACCCGCGGUCAUCCCGUACGCAACCGCGCAAAUUGCCAGGAUUGAGCAAUGUUAAUUUCGAAGCUCGGCGCCAACACAUUCAACAAGCCAUCAAUAGAAACAAACAUGAGCAGAGAGAGAAGCCACCUGCUACGGAAAUCCGACGUCCUCCUGUAACACGCAGUGAGAAAUCACACGAGGAUCCUGCUGAACCCGCAAAUGAUUCCCCAACCGCGCCUUCGCCGACUCUCACCAACACCCAACAAUCUGGCGAGAUGAGUACUAUGGUCUCAGAGUCGCUCGGUGGAAUCGACCAGACAAUCAAUGGAGCUCAUGUCGUUCCCAGAUUGCAUCUCAACACGUCUCUGUCGACUUCAGAUACGGCCGCGCCGCAUACUACAAUGGACUCACCGACCCUCGGUCUCCCUGGGGGAGUCCCUGGGGAAGUGACCGCCACAAACGCAGGCGAAGAUCAGCCUGUCUACACGGAUGCACCAAACACCGACGCACCAAACUCAGCUGUCUCGGCGAAUUCCGAUGAGACUCAUGUUACAACUUUCGAUCCGGAGCCGCAGUCCGGACUGCUGCAACGGAAUCCCAGCAUCUCUCAUCGGACUCUGUUAAAUCAGAUUAUGAAUAUACGCGAGUCCAGUCCCAGUGAUGAUUCUUGCGAUGAGCAAGACUGUAGUGUUUCCGAGACCGACCAAGAGUCGAUUCAAAUCAUGCUUGGUGGUACAGCCCUCUACGAUUCCUCAAGUAGUGGGAACACACAUCAAGCACAACGACCGCCCAUGCAACCCCCUACAGUCGAUCAUCAGUCUCAUAAUCGAUGGGGUGGCGGGUCGUGGUCUUCGGUACAAAAUCAGAACUCCACCUGCGACGAGCAUUGCGAUGAGAGUGACGAUGAUCUCAGUCUCUCAAGACGUGGUACAGAGCCACCGACUGAGACUUGUUCGGCCGUUUCAACGAGGCCGGCUUCUAUAGCGGAUUAUGAUGAAUCACAACCUCUGCAAGAUCAUGGUGUGAUCGGGCCCAACACCCUUCGGCAAGCCGGAAAUCGGGGAAGCAUGUUCUAUACACCGCCUAAUCUCGCUAGGAUGGGGGGAUGGGACUCCAAGCGUGUCACUCAGCUCUAUCUUGAGGAGCUCACGCGAGGCCGAAGCUAUAGUUUUGGCUCAGCCGGUCAAUCCUCAUCUGAGCCUCAGUCUCACCCCGCGAAUGCACGUGAAGAUGAACACAGCAAUAGUCUCACAGACGAUCCGGUUGUUGUUCCAGCAUUUGAAGAUUAUCAAAUAUCGGCUAAACUCUCCAAUACGGCCAGCUUGGUUGGACGUGAUGACUGGGAGCACGCCUCGCCUUCCAUUAUGGACUGGAUGCAGGUACGAGCUGGGGAUGGGGCAGCGAAUACUGCCACAGAUGCCGAUAGCAAUUUUGGUGAGGAAGUGCUCACGCCUCGUGUGAUACCUCCCGCGCAAGAUGUCGGCGAGAGUAACGGUCUUGGCGUAUCUGUGGACCAUGAACCAGGCCGUGGCCAGGGACUUUAUCCCCUGGCAAUCCCGCCGUCAUCGGGCCUCUCCCAAGAUGGUUCUUCUAAAAUUGGAGCUUCAAGCCAUCCACCAGCACAGGUUGGAUCCGGUGCGCCCAGGGCUACAGGUCAUAGCCCGGACAGCAGUGAGGAUUCCUCAUUCCGACGCAUCUUGACCAAUGAGUCUCCGGCAGCACCUGACUCUUCUUCUACCUCGCUUGCUCCCUCCAUGGAGCAAGCAGCUCGGCUUGAGUCUAGGAAGUCACCUUCCCCUGAGCAACGCCGUUUGAAGAAGAGGCAGCAUAUCAUUAAAGAGCUUGUCGAUACCGAGCACACUUUUGGUCAUGACAUGAUGGUCAUCGAGGAUAUUUACAAGGAAACAUCCUCUGAUGUGUUGGAUGUCGACGAUAUCAAGAUCCUCUUUGGCAACUCCGAGCAAGUCGCGGACUUUUCUGAUCAUUUCCUCCACGACCUCAAAAAGGCGGCCCGAAGUAUCUAUAUCAUCCCCAAAGCUCAGCGGUGGACCAGCCAACGCAACGCUGAGAACAGACCUCCUCAGAGCGAACCUCCUGUUGAUGACCAGCUGGCUGAGUAUGCAGGAUUGUCGGAUCUUGAGAAGGAUCGAUCUACCAGGAUUGGUCAUGUCUUUGUUCGAUACUUGCAGCAAAUGGAGAAGGUAUACACGGACUAUCUUAAGAACCAUGACGCCGCCAACAAGAAGCUUCAGGCUUUGCAGCGUCUCCCAAAUGUGGGCAUUUGGUUGGGUGAGUGCCGCAACUACGCUUCUGAUCUCACAACAGCCUGGGACUUGGAUUCCCUUCUUGUCAAACCUGUACAGCGUAUCCUGAAAUAUCCCUUGCUUCUGCAAGACCUUUUGGAGUCCACGCCGAACGAUCACCCAGAUCGAGUGGCGAUUGCCAAUGCUUUGGAAGAAGUCACCAACGUUUCUCAUCGCAUCAAUGAGUCGAAGAAGCGUGCAGAUCUUGUUGGUCAAGCUGUAAGUCGCAAACGGAACCAGUCCGAUGUUCGUGCCGGCCUGUCCAAAGCAUUUGGUCGCCGCACUGAGAAGUUCAGGCAGCAAGUUGGUCUCUCGGAUUUGUUCGAGGACAAAACAUAUGAUAUGCUAGCUCAGAAGCUUGGAGAUGGCUACUUCCAGUUGCAGGUGGUCAUGCGUGAUGUUGAGAGCUACUCCUCCGAUGUCCAGAUAUGGGUCACCCAGUUCAGUGAAUACACCGAUGCAAUGGGAGAUAUGACAGGGAUGUCUCCGUCUCCCUAUCCAGAGUUGGAGACCAAGUGGCAUCGUUUCAAGAUGACUGUUCAAGACGUUGUUACAACUGAACUACCAGAACAUCUCGACAUUGUUCGCAAGACAGUCAUCACCCCGAUGGUUGAAGUUCUUGGGCUCUACAAUGCCCCCCAGCGAGUCAUGCGCAAGCGUGACAAGCGUCUCCCAGAAUACGCCCGCUACAAGGCUAUCAAGGAUCGUGGCGACAAGCCUGACAAGAAGACUACUGAACAGGGGGAGCAGUUCCUGGCCCUCAACGAGACUCUGAAAGACGAGCUUCCCAAGCUCUAUGCGCUGACUGCCAAACUGGUAUCAGCAUGUCUGAAAAACUUUGUCAAGACCCAAACAGUGUGGUUCAGUGUCCUACAGCAAAAGAUUGGAACCCAUGUUGAUUUCCCUGGUGAUCUACAAAGACUCGUCAACGACUUUAACAGCGACCACCAUUUGAUGGAGGCACGCAUGCAAGAGCUGAGCUCCUGCAACGGAUCAAUGCUCAGCCACUCCCUCAAUCUGCUUCCUCUGUCACCCACCGGGUCCCACGUCCAGUCUCCCCGUCGUCCUUCCACUGUCAACAGCGGGAGAACUCGACCCGGGUCCAUGAAUGACGACUCUCCAAAUGCGUCUCGUGACUUCAGCAUCGGAAGCCAAUCGUUCCAGUCACCCCAGAUGGAAACCCAUUCCGGCCGGAGCAGCCGCUACCGCGCUGAUUCCACCCUCUCCAGCCGAGUGGUCUCUGAUACCCCAAAUCAAUUGCUCCAGCAGGUAGUCAGCACUCCCAACUCGGGACGCAACAGCACCACCAUGGAACCAUUCCCCAGUCUUCCACGACUGAGCCUAGACACCCCGUUCCUUGCGGAUGUCAUUAACUCAACUCACAACAGUCAGCCUGCAUCCCCGACCGAUCGAUACUCGGGUUUCUUCUCGUCUGCUAUGCCAAUGUCCGACAGUACUCCUGAGGCUGUGCCGGACCGCCCUCGCCCCACUGGGCCUGCUGCGCUCUUCUGCGCCGCCAGUCUUUACGAUUUUGAUAUUGACGCCCGCACCGAGGGCGGAUAUCCUUACUUGACCUAUGCCUCUGGGGAUAUCUUUGACAUUGUUGGUGAAAAGGGCGAGCUAUGGCUCGCCCGAAACCAGGAUGAUGCGACUGGUACAGUCGGCUGGAUUUGGAACAAGCAUUUUGCCCAUAUCCGCUAA